AUGGCUCGAGUGAGAACCGCCCUUACGGCGCUAGUCGCGGUCGCUGCUGCUGUGUCCGGUGCAGCGGCACAGGCCGCAGGUGGCAAUGCUGUAGCGGUCAUGGAGAACAAACACGUCCAGGGUGCAUACAUUGUCGAGCUCGAGGAGAACGAGAAUGACAAGAUAUUCUUGAACAAGGUUGCCUCAAAUGAUCGUUGUCAGAGUGUCCAGCACCGCAGGACUUUCAAGUCUAGCAUCUUCCGCGGUGUGUCAAUCGAUCUUAACGCUUCUGAUGGAGACAUCGAAGGUCUUGCCAGGAACAUCACCAAGCUGCCGGGAGUCAAGCAGUUGUGGCCUGUAUCGCUAAUUCCUGCACCUAACGCCGAGAUAUCUUGGACUGCCGAAGGCAUGCCUCUGUCGGAGGUCAGACGACGUGCAGAGGAAGACACAUUUACUCCGCACGUAAUGACUCAGGUCGACAAGCUGCGUGCCGAAGGCUAUACCGGCGCUGGAUACCGCAUCGGCAUCGUUGAUACAGGUGUUGACUAUAAGCACCCUGCUCUCGGCGGUUGUUUUGGCGAGGGCUGCCUCAUAGAAUAUGGCGCAGACCUCGCUGGAGAUGACUUCAACGGUUAUAACACGCCAAUCCCUGAUUCUGACCCCUGGGAGGAAUGUAGCGGUCAUGGCUCGCAUGUUUCGGGUAUUAUUGCAGCUAUGGAAAACCCGCUGGGAUUUACUGGUGCUGCUCCCGACGUUAAGCUCGGCAUGUAUCGGGUAUUCGGCUGCCACGAUUAUAGCAGUGAGGACCUCUUUGUGGCUGGUAUUCUCCAGGCAUUUGAAGAUGGGAGUGACAUUAUCACUGGCUCUAUCGGCAUCGUGAAUGGCUGGAGCGACCAGGCCCUGGCUGUCAUCGUCUCGCGCAUCGUGGCAGCCGGCGUGCCAUGCAUCUUUGCCGCCGGUAACGAUGGGGCCCCUACAGCGUUUUCAGUCGCUUCGCCUUCUUCGGGGCGGGGUGUCUUCUCUAUCUCAUCUUUCGACAGUCUUACUAUCCCCUCCUACGACAAUGACACCGGGGUGGUAACCUAUACAAAUAACACCUCAGGGGGCGGUGCAAGUUACUUCACCUCGUGGGGACCCAGCUAUGAACUUGAGAUGAAGCCACAAUUCGGCACACCUGGAGGCAAUAUUCUUUCAACCCUGCCGCUAUCUCAAGGUGGAUAUGGUGUUAUGUCUGGUACAUCCAUGGCAACUCCACUUGCAGCUGCUAUAGUUGCGCUGGUGUCACAGGCUCGAGGUACCAAAGACCCGGAAACCCUUGGCAAGCUGUUGUCUGCAACAGCAAAACGCACACUCGAUUACAGUUUUAAUGAUGGCUACCACUAUUCGCCUAUACCCCAGGUUGGAGCUGGAAUGUUGCAAGCGUAUGACGCAGUGCAUGCCGAGGUGCUUUUCAGCGUACAGAGUCUAUCACUCAACGACACAGAGCACUUCGUGCCCCAGGCAACAUUCUUUGUUGAAAACACCGGGAAGUCGACGGCGACAUAUAAUUUGUCUCACACACCAGCUCUAUCGGUUGAUACAACAUGGCCUAUAUACCGCAUGUCAAACCCUGAUAGACAUCAGAUCUUUGCGAGCUUGAGUUUUGAACCUUCGUCAUUUUCCCUCAAGCCUGGCUCUAGGGCCAUCGUCACUGUUACUGUCGGUUUACCAGAUGGCCUUGAUCCAACCUUACUGCCUUUGUAUUCCGGUUGGAUCGACCUAAACACUGUCACGGGCGGGAGCGAGCCGGCUAGAACUGCUUCUAUUCCCUAUAUUGGUGCCGCAGGUGCGAUGAGGGCAGCCGUGGUCUUCCCUACAGAGCGUAAUGAUACCAUCUAUGUCUCUCGCAGCGACUGGCAAGAAGCCGCCUGGCCGGUCGCCAAUCGUACUACGUUCCAAUUAUAUGUGCCCGAUGAGCACCCUGAAUGGGCCCGGCCCGUCCGCAAUACUACUGAUACGAUGACCCCUCCCGGAGUUGGCCCCAUGCUGUCGAUGUGGCUUACCUUCGGCAGCCCGGAGACGCGUUUGGAGAUUACGCCACUGAAUGUCUGUGUAGAUCCAGGGUUCCAAGCUAUUAAAGAUAAUGGGUUGGGCUUACAGACACUAGGAAAUAUCCUUGGCUACCCAAUUUACGAAAAUGCGGCAACUGGUUGGUACGAGAGCUGGUUUGGUCAGUUAGCCAACGGACAGUGGGUGCCACCUGGACGGUACCGCCUAAGUGUUUUCGCCUUAAGGGUUUAUGGUGACAGGGACAAUCUCUCAGAUUAUGACCGCUAUGAAAGUAUCGAGUUCCGUAUUCGAUAUGUUAAUCGAGAGUAG